AUGUUUAAAUUGAAGAAUGUUCAUCAUUUACUGAUUAUUAUUAUAUUAAUAUGGAUUAUUACAUUCUAUUUACAAGAACGAUAUAUUACUAAACUAACAAUACAUAAAUGUAAUUGGUCAAAACUAGAGGAGAAAGGAGAUCAAAAGAAUAUUUUAAUCAUUGCUGAUCCUCAAUUGAUCGAUAAUCAUACUUAUCCUGGUAGAAAUGAAUUAUUACUAAGUCUAUCUAAACAUACAGUAGAUCAAUAUCUUAAGAAAAACUACAAUGUAUUAAUUUCACAUUUGAAUCCAGAUAAAAUUGUAUUCCUUGGUGAUUUAUUAGAUAAUGGACGUGAUUCAACUGAUUCAUAUUUUAAACAUGAGGUAAAGAGAUUUAAUGGGAUAUUUCAUCCUGAUGAAGAUAUGAUAUUGAAUGUGCCAGGUAAUCAUGAUAUUGGAUUUGGUGAUUUAAUUAAUCUAAAAAACAGACAACGAUUUUUUGAUACAUUUGGAGAAUCAAACAGGGUGAUGGAAUAUAAUGACUGGGAUCUCAUAUUUUUAGACUCACCUAGUUACUCAUCAACAAAAGAAGAGAUCAACACCCAAGCUAGACAAUUCAUUUCCAAUUUUCAAAUAUCACAAAAUCCUAGAAUUUUAUUUACUCACGUUCCAUUGCAACGUGAAUCAUCAAUUUGCGGUCCACUAAGAGAGAGCAAAGGCUUAGAUAUAAAUGGACAUGGAUAUCAAUAUCAAAACACAAUAGCAAAAGAAUUAUCAGCUCAAAUACUAGACAAUUUAAAACCAAAUUUGAUUUUCACGGGUGAUGACCAUGAUUAUUGUGAAAUAAUCCAUAAAGAGACAGACAGUAGAGAAAUCACAGUUAAAUCAAUCAGCAUGGCAAUGGGAAUAAAAUACCCUGCUGUUCAACUAUUAUCAAUUAACAAAUCAGAAUAUAGUACUGUUCUUUGUUAUUUACAGACUCCAUAUAUUAAUGUUGCAAAUUAUAUCAUACUAGCAAUCAUUAGCUCAGUACUUAUAUUUUAUUUCAAUUUGAAACAGAGAUCUGUAAGAUACAAUUAUACUUCAAUUUUACCUAUGUCUACGGUCACUAUUGGAUCUGAACAUUCUAAGAAGAUACGAAACUUUUUGAAAGCUCAAGAUAAUGAUGAUGCUGAUUCUGAUGGUAUUUCUACUUAUUCUUUACCUUCACUGAUUCCACAAUACACAUUUACACAAAAGAAAGAAUCAUUCAUUAAUUCAAAUUCAAGAUUUGGAAGAUUGUAUAUAUUGAAUAAGAAAAGGUUGAUUACAUUCUUGAGGAAAUGGAAUUUAGUGGCUUGGUUUAAACAAAAUGUUAUAUUGGGUUUUAUUGUUAUUGGUAUAUAUUAUUUUGGAUUUAGUUUGACUUUAUAG